UCUCUUCUUCUUGAGCUACAUCCUACGAGGAAAUACAUUUACUUUUUCAUGAUUUGAAUUCAUUACAUUAUAUACUUUUAUAUCUUCUCUGAUUCUUUUAAUGGAGCUGAGCAGGAAAGAAGUUCCACUUUAUGGACAGGCAAGAGUGUUUAUGUUAAUUCCAUCGCAAACAGAAUCAAAGGAAAUGUUUGUGGUUUUAGAAGGUUCAAGUUUAAUUCAUGUACUACAGACUAAAGUACAUUUACUGAACUACUUUAUUACUCCAGGCCAUAACCAGCAGGAGACGGUGUGUGUGAGAGCGUACACACAUGUUAGAGGUGUACUGCAUUACGUUGGCGUCUCGUUUUUGAAGUAUGUUGAGGACGAUGCACAGGAGAUGGCUGAGUACUUUGUAACCCAUUGCGACCAGCUCAGCACCAUUGAAUACAGUGAUCUGAUUGGUCGAUACGGUCUGAGUGACAGCAGCAUGAAAGAAGAAAUGGAUAAAAAUGUUGCACUCGCUCUGGCAAACCUGCAGACCAACCAUAACCUGCUGAACCACACCCAUGAAUCUCUGCUGCAUGUGUGUGUGCGUCUGAGUUUCGUGCGAGUAUGUGAGUUUCUGCUCUCUCAGCCUGGUGCUCUGAUGAUCAUCAAUUCAACCAAUCAAGAAGGAGACACUCCACUUCAGCUGGCUCAGAGGACCAAACAGUACACACUUGUGCACUUGCUCACACAUCCUCCAAACCCACUCAUCACUCCUCUAGCUGGAGUGUCUCACAUCCGAAUUGACUCAGCGCAUCUCUUGCGGUUUUUUCAUGGCUCUGGAGUGAUGUCACUGUCAGUGUGUGUGUCAGAAUGUGUGUCCUCUGCUCAAUUACAGUCAGCGAUCUUACUACUCAGAGAGUGUGUUAAGGAUUCUGCCCUCAUAUACAAAAUUACAUCACUUUGUGGACAUAUACAGUGCAGAUCAGAUCAGGAGUCUUUAUCAUCAUCUUCAGAGGAUCUUCAGUCAGGAGAAUCUCCUCAGACCAUUGUCACACACACAGAUCUUAUCAGCAGCUGCAGUGACCCUGAAGAUGAAGAACUUUUACUGUCCAUUAGCUCAGGUGGAUCAGACAUUGAGGUAAACACCGCAGCUGGGGUUAAUAAACACUCUCAAAAGCAAGACAACACUGAGUCUGAGAGCAGAACAUCUAACCCACUGACCUGCACAGAGUAUCUUGAAGAAACAGCUCUCAUCAGUGAGAGUAAGUUGAGUGUUAAUAAAGCAGCAGCCGUGGAGGAGAAUGGUGAAUGGACAUCAACUCAAACGAAGGACAUACAAAAGAUCCCACUGAAGACACAUACUCUCUCCAUGCUCCUUUGCUCAUCAAGCCACAGCUCUCCAUCACUAUUCAGCAACAACCUUAAAAACAUCAACUCACACAGGAGAAGGAUUAACAGUGAGGGGUGUGGUCAUGAGUUGACAAUAAGGAAAUCAGCAUCUGUGAUUGUCCCUGCACCUCUGGAUUAUUCGGCGGAGUCAUGGAGCGCUGUUGUUGGGUUUGAAUUCUCAAGCACACUUGACCGAAAAACUGUGAAGAGACAGGAAGUGAUAUAUGAGUUCAUGCAGACGGAGUUUCAUCACGUUCAGACCCUUACAGUGAUGACUGAUGUUUUGAGAAGAGGUUUAUUGAAGGAGGUGCAACUGGAACAGGAUGUGAUUGGUCAGAUUUUCCCAUGUUUAGAUGAUCUCAUAACUCUACACAGAAACUUCCUGAAAGAGAUGGAGACCAGAAGACACAUCUCAUCACACCUGAGCAACCACAAGAACUUCAUCGUCCACAGGAUCGGAGAUAUACUGCUACAGCAGUUCUCAGGUCCAUCUGCAGGUAACAUGAUGUCUCUGUAUGGGGAUUUCUGCAGUAAGCAAUCUGAAGCACUAAAGAUUUAUAAACAUCUUCAACAGAGCAACAGGAAACUACAACUAUUCCUCAAACAGCAGAGCAGUAAUUCGAUUAUAAAACGCAGAGAAAUCCCUGAAUUUCUGCUGCUGGUUACACAGAGAAUAACAAAAUACCCUGUCCUACUGGAGAGACUACUGCAGCUCACCGAUGGGGGAGGAGUCGAGCAUGAUGAUGUCAUGGCGGCACUGGAGGGGGUGCGGUGUGUGUUGUCAGGUGUUGAACUGCAUGUGGAGAAAAUCCAGCGUGCACGGGAACUUGAUGAUGUCAUCAACCAUCUUGAUAACAAGAGCUUCACUCGCCUGAAGAGUGGCGAGAUCUACAGCAAACACACUUUUACACACACAUCACACACACUCAUACAUUCUGCUACGAUCACUUGCAGGACUACAUCAGGCAGACUAAAAGAUGUUUUCGCACUUCUUCUCUCUGAUGUUCUGGUUUUCCUUCAGGAGAAAGAGCAGAAGUUUGCAUUUGCUGCUUUGGAACAAAAGCCUUCUGUUGUUCCUCUGCGUGCUUUGAUCCUGAGAGAAAUAGCCAAUCAGGAUCGAGGAUUGUUUCUGAUCAGCAGUGAUGCAGCAGAGCCAGAAAUGUAUGAGAUCCACACACAGACUCGUGAAGAGAGAGACAGAUGGAUCACACUGCUGCAACACACCAUGGACAGUUUGCCUGAUAAUAAACUGAUGACUAAUGAAGAGCUGAAAUGCAGAAACAUAAACACACUGCAAGAGGAUCUGUUAUCUCUAGAUGUGCAGAUGUACACAGUUUUGGAGGAGAAACUCAGGCUGUGUGUUGGGAAUUUUACUUGCCAGCAACUGCUCAUACAAACCCACACACACACACCGAAUGGAGAGGAAUUACUGACUGCUGCACAGGAAGAGGUAGUAAGUCUGAUGAUGUGUAUGAUGUCACUGCUCUUUGGUUAUCAAGAUUCUUCUCAGCAUGAUAAACUAGAACUGAGCAAAAAACGUCUAAAACUAAGGGAACCUUUUAUACUAAAGGUGGGAGACUGUGUGCAGAGCUUAAUUCAGCUAUUGUACAGUCUGCAGGCUGCAGUUAUGAUGCAGGACAGUGUAUAUGAAGUUCAGAAACUGCUGAUCCUGGAGAAACAAUCUCUGCACCCUGAAGAGAAGUGUGUUCAGGUUGAUGAUGGGAGUAAAUGCUAUUCAAAUGUGGAGCAGAGAGACAUCGGUCAGUCUGAAGAAAUGGACAGGAUGAAAAGAGAGAAGGAUAAACUAAAGGUGAUGCUACAGCAGUGGGCGGAGAAAGCUCAGGCUCUAAAAGAGGAGGAGGCAGAUAUCGAGAGAGAAAGAAGGUGGAUCCAGCAAGAGGAAAGACGAAUACGGAAGGAGAGGGAGAGAAUGGAGAGGAAACUUCACCUCUCACAGCUAAAUUCAACCAAUCACCAACACAGUCUGUCUAUCAUCCCACUGGACAAAUAAGUGUGUGUGUGUGUGUGUGUGUGUGUGUGUGUGUGUGUGUGUGUGUGUGUGUGUGUGUGUGUGUGUGUGUGUGUGUGUUUUCACACUUAAGACCUACUAGCAAUAACCUCAUCCCUCAUCAUAAAGGCUCACCUAUUACUAGUUGGACAAUAGUGAGGGGUGAGGGUUAAGUAUAUUGUGUAGUGUAUUGUGCGGGUGUAGUAAAGUAUAGUGUAUUGUGUGUAUUUAGUGAGGUGUAGUGUGUGUGUGUGUGUGUGUGUGUGUGUGUGUGUGUGUGUGUGUGUGUGUGUGUGUGUGUGUGUGUAGUAAGGUUUAGUGUCUGUAUGUAGUGUAGUGUAGUGUUUGUAUGCAGUUGGGUGUAGUGUAGUGUAGUGUUUGUAUGCAUUGAGGUUUAGUGUCUGGGUGUAGUGAGGUUUAGGGUUUGUAUGUAGAAAGGUUUAGUGUGUGUAUGUAGUAAGGUUGUUGUGUCUGUAUGUAGUGAGUAUGUAGUGUAGUGUGUGUGUGUGUUUGUAGUAAGAUUUAGUGUGUGUGUGUUAGUGUG